ACAUAGAAGACAAAUACAAUAAUAAGUCACUAGUUUAAUGAGCGACUUAUUUUUAGCAUCAGUAGCCAGUCGUCUAUUUAAUGAGCUGCUAUGCAUACUUUUAAUUUUUUUAAUAUAUUUCUUUUAAUAAGUUAUUCCAUGUAUCCUAUUUAAAAAAAUUGUCCUAAAAAUUAAAAACUAUCCUUCUCGCAUGUUCAUAAUGCAGCAAGCCCUAAAAGAGUUGACUAGAUUAUCUCUUUUUUUAUGUUUGAAUUUUCUUCCAUGCUUAUGAAAAUUAGCUUGAUUAGAUUCUUUAAAUGGGUGAUUUAAAAUCAUGCAGAGGUGAUAACUGCUGCUGAGUUCCAUCCUAUUCAUUGUAACAUCCUAGCCUAUGGUAGUUCAAGAGGUUUUAUCCGGUUAUUUGACAUGAGACAAUCAGCACUAUGUGACCAGAAUGCAAGAAUGUUAAAGGAUCGAGAAUCCCAUGGUUCUAGAUCCUUUUUCACAGAGAUAAUUUCUUCCAUUUCUGAUCUAAAGUUUGCCAAAGAUGGAAGACAUAUUUUAAGUCGCGAUUACAUGAACCUGAAGUUAUGGGACAUGCACAUGGAUGGAGCACCUGUUGCGACUUUUAAGCUGCAUGAGUUUCUCCUCCCUAAGGUAUUUUUCAUGUGUAAGACUAAGCAUCUAGCGAAAUAG